AUGUAUCUUGUUGAAAAGAACAAAUCGCUCAAGGAAGAAGUAGCCCUGGCAGAACGGAAAUUAAUCGCCCACAACGAACGAAUUGAAUCUCUUGAGCCAAUAUUACAGUGUGGACAGCAGAAACUGACAGCUUGCAAUGAACGAAUUAAAUAUCUUGAGAUGCUCUUGAUCGAUUCACGAGAAAAGCUGUUCACUCAAAAACAGACAUUUCAGGGUCAGCUUAGGGUGGUUCGAGAGCGUCUUGAACAGGGACAAAGACAGAGAGUGGAGACCACCUUGCUCAUCAAUUCUGGCCGAAUUGCCAAGCCCCUUCGUGGGAGAGGAAACGUGGUUGAAAGCUGA